UGUGCCAACUGCCGAACGACAACAACACCGUUGUGGCGCCGUGACAGUUCCGGAAACACCAUUUGUAAUGCAUGUGGAUUGUAUUUUAAGCUUCACAACGUGCACAGGCCUGUGACGAUGAAGAGGGCUGUCAUCAAGCGUAGAAAACGC